AGAGAAUAGUCUGUCAUUCCUGGAUAAAACAAGGGAAGUAACUUAAAUAACUUCUAUAAAAAAUAUCGAAAUAUAUUUCGGAUAUUUUUAUGAUGAAAGUCAAUUUAAAUUUCUCACAUCUGUUAAUGAAGAAGUGAAGCCUUUGUUAGAUUUGCUAGUUGAUUUCGGUACUGUAAUUAUAAGUUGAUUUGUGUAAUCCCGGAAACGGUCGAAAAGAAGCUACUGUACAGGAAGUGCCAGAUAUAAACACGUAAAACAAAAUAAUACUUUUAACAAUGAGGCGCUCUCAUAUGGCCCAGGAUAUGGGCUACCCAUCUCAGUCACAGGGUUAUCAGCAUUCUCAGGACAUAAUAGAAAAUGAAAAUGACAGACAGGAAAAUUUGCUGUCAACAAAAGUGAGAGCUCUUAAAUCUUUAACGAUAGACAUUGGAAAUGAAGUGAGGGACCAGAACAACAUGCUUAAAGGAAUGGAUGACGAUUUUGACUCCUCUGGCGGACUUCUACAUGCAAGCAUGAAGAAACUGAAAGCUAUUACAAGUAUGGGUGGUUACAAACAAAUGUGGUACUUACUUCUCUUCUGUCUGUUUGUGUUCUUCGUUUGCUGGUUGAUUAUCAGGUCAAGAUAAUGUCAAAUAUAGAAUAUGUGAUAUCUCUGUGAAAUAUAGAAUAUGUGAUGUAUUUACAUGGAAUGGAAAGUGCUUUAUGUGAGGGAAUUUGCAAUACCGAUGUGUAUAAAUGUUUGUUGGUACUAAGAUGUUGUAAUAGAUUUUAAUCAAAGUUAUAAUUUGAUACAUGACCAGUUUUCCUAAUCAUGAGUUUAGAUUAAUCAUUUCUAAGAUAAGAGUCAUUCUGAAUUGUGUUUGUCGCCCUGAUCUUUAGCAAAACCAGACAUAAACAAAUCACUUACAUAUUCAUAAACUUAAACUUACAUAACCACUAAUAGACCAAUACAGACUUCAAUAUUCAAAUAUAGGGUUAAAUUAUAAAAGCUUUAAGACAAUCAUAAUUAUGUAGAAUAUUUCAAAAUUUUAGAGCAAUCUGAUUACGUAUAUUUCUUUAUUCAAAUUUAGAACAGCAAAUCAUAAACUCCAGGUGGAAUGGAAGAUACGAUGGUACUGACCUAUAAAAAAAGACUUUGUACAUUGUGUAGCGACAAUAAAAUUGGUACCGAAUAGCAUUACUUUUUACAUUGUAGUUUUUUCGGGCGACAAAGAGAGCAUUUUAUCCAAAACUCAAAUUUAAUACAUGAAUGCUAAAUUUUGCUUAAAUCACUAUUGAUAUCAAGUAACAUGUAUGUUUUUGGGAUCCUUGUAAAAUUCAUUGAUUCUUUUAUGAAAUUUUUUAUAAUUUCUCCAUAUUUAAUUCAAGAUUUCAUCAAAUAUGACUCAUUCGUUAAUUUGUUUGUUUCCUUUCAUUUGUAUGUUUAUUUUUUUCUCAAUAUUUUAUUUUGCUUUGUAUGUAAUGACUUAUUGUCCCCGGCCUUUUUGAAGAAAAAAGGGGGAUAUAGAAAUAGGUCCAUCCGUUCCUCACACUUUUGUGUCCGGUGUCAUUCAUCAAAGGAAUUUGAAAUAACAUGGCACAAAUGUUUGUUAUAAUAAGACGAUGUGUCAUACACAACAACCAGACCCCUACCUCCAGGGUCAAGGUCGCACUUGCUCAUUCAAGGUCAACAUUGUCUAUUUGAGGGUAUAUGUAGUGUCCGAACCAUAACUUUCUUAUCUUUGAAGGGAUUUUGUAAAUACUUGCCACAAUUGUUCUUAAUAAUGAGACGAUGUGUCAUGCACACACAACCAGUCACCUACCUCCAAGGUCAAGUUCACACUUGGAGGUCGAAGAUUAACAUAGUCUGUUAUAGGGCAUAUUUUGUGUCUGAUCUAUAACUUUUUCAUAGAUUAAAGGAUAUUAAAAAAAUACAUGGCACAAAUAGUAACUAUAAUAAGAUGAUGUGUCAUAAGCAAUACCUGCAUCCCUACCUCACACUUAGAGGUAAAAAUUAACAUAGUCUGUUAUUGGGUAUAUUUCGUGUCCGAUCUAGAACUUCUUCAUAGUUCAAGGGAUUUUGAAAUAACUUCGCACAAAUACAUGUAGUCACAAUAAUAAGACGAUAUGUUAAGUACAACACCUGCACCUCUAAUUCCAAGGUCUAGGUCACACUUAGAGGUCAAAGGUUAACAGAGUCUGUUAUAUGGUAUACUAAGUAUUUUGUGUCCCAUCCAUAACUUCUUCAUAGAUCAAGGAAUUUUGAAAAUACUUGACACAAAUAGUCAAUAUGAUAAGAUGAUAUGUCAUGCAUAACACCUGUGUCCCUACCCCCAAAAGGUCAAGGUCACACUUAGAGGUCAAAGAUUUACAUAGUUUGUUAUAGGAUAUAUUUUGUGUACAGUCCAUAUUUUUUAGCUCACCUGAGCUUGCUCAGGGUGAGCUAUUAGGAUCGGUGAAUGUCCGUCGUCCGUCAUACAUCCAAAAUUGCUUGUGAACACACUAGUGGUCACACUUAUGACUCAAUCAUCAUCAAACUUUGUCAGGAUGCUUGUUUAGUCAAUUGCUCGGAUGAGUUCGAAACUGGGUCAUUUCGGAUGGAAAACUAGGUCAAAGGAGCUAAAAAUAGAAAAACCUUGUGAACACUCUAGUGGUCACAUUUUUGACCCAAUCAUCAUCAACCUUUGUCAGAAUGCUUGUUUAGAUUAUUGCUUGGAUGAGUUCGAACAUGGGUCAUCUCCGAUGAAAAUCUAGGUCACAGGAGCUAUAAAUAGAAAAACCUUGUGAACACUCUAGUGGUCACAUUUUUGAACCAAUCAUCAUCAAACUUGGUCAGAAUGCUUGUCUAGUCAAUUGCUUGGAUGAGUUCGAACAUGGGUCAUCUCUGAUGAAAAACUAGGUCACAGGAGCUAUAAAUAGAAAAACCUUGUGAACACUCGAGUGGUCACAUUUUUGACCCAAUUAUUAAGAAACCUUGUCAGGAUGCUUGUUUAGUCAAUUGUUUGGAUGAGUUCCAACAUGGGUCAUCUCGGGUGGAAAACUAGGUCACAGGAGCUAAAAAUAGAAAAACCUUGCGAACAGUCUAGUGGUCACAUUUUUGACCCAAUCAUCAUCAAACUUUGUCAGAAUGCUUGUCUAGUCGAUGCUUGGAUAAGUUUGAACAUGAUUUAUCUCGGAUGGAAAACUAGGUCACAGGAGCUAAAAAUAGAAAAACCUUGUGAACACUCUAGUGUCACAUUUUUGACUCAGUUAUCAUCAAACUUGGUCAGGAUGCUUAUCUAGGUAAUUGCUCGAAUGCCAAGCUUGAAUAUGGGUCACCUGGGGUCAAAAACUAGGUCACACUGCUCAAAUAUGGAUAAUCCUUGUUAACACUAGUGGUCACAUUUUUGACACACCUGUCAUGAAACUUGGUCAGAACGCUUGUCUAGGUAAUUGUUCGGAUGAGUUUGACGGGUCAGGUGAGCGAUCUAGGGCCAUCUUGGCCCUCUUGUUUCAUAGAUCAAGGGAUUUUAAAAAUACUUUGCACAAAUAAUUACAAUAAUAUUAUAAGACGAUAUGUCGGGCGCAAAACAUGGGUCCCUACCUCCAAGGUCACACUUAGGGGUCAAAGAUUAACAUAGUCUGUUAUAGGGUAUAUUUUGUGUCCGAUCUAUAACUUCUUCAUAGUUCAAGAGAUUUUGAAAAUACUUGGCACAAAUAGUAACAAUAAUAAGACGAUAUGUCAUGCACUACACCUGCACACCUACCUCCAAGGUCAUGGUCACACUUAGAGGUCAAACCUUAACAUGAUAGGUUUUUAAAUUCCAUGUUUCAUUUUAUUUCUUUAAUAAAAUUAUUGUUGCAUUUGCAUAUCUAGCAUUGAUCAUAAUUUUUACUGAAAGUCCUGAGAUCCAUACCUCAAUCUUUUGAAAUAGCACAAUUUUUAUGCUUCAUAUAAAACUUCCCAGAGGCAGGGGACGUUGGUAACUCUGUUACAAAUUCUUGUUUACAAAAAAAGUACAAACCGUCUCCGUGGUCGAGGGGUUAGAGUCGAUGACUUCUAAUCCAGUUACCUCUCUGGCGUGGGUUCGAUCCACGGGAGAUGCUUUGGUAGUUUAGCGCGGAGGAAGGUAGUCUAGUACUGGUGUAACUCUCCAGGAACGAUGGUUAGGAAACUACCUGCCUAUAUGACUGAAAUACUGUUGGGAAAAGGCGUAAAAUGAAACAAACAAACAUAUUAUCUUAUUGUAAAAAUUAUAAAUCGAUAUAGCUCACAUUUCACAGACAGAGGCGUUGCCAACAAUGUCCGAUUUGUUAAAUCCAAUUGGUUCAUAAUAAUUAAGAUUUUCUCCUAUGCAUGUAGUAAUACUUUUUAAUCCCCUUCGGAGUUUCUGUGGAAAGGGGAUUAUAGGAAUAGCCUCCGUCUGUCCUUCUGUCCACACUACCAAAUAGGGGUAGGGGGGCCAUAUUACUGUAAACAGAACAAAAGAGAACAAUAGAGUUCAUUCCAUUGAGUAAGGGGCCAUUGGCCCUCUAUUUAACAAUAGAAAAUAACUAAAGAAAUGGCCCCUUAUUCUAUUUUGGCCGGAUGUCCGUCCGUAACACUUUCGUCUCAGCUCCAUAACUUUUAAACCGCUGAACAUUUUUUGAAAUACAUGUAACUGGGCACAAGUGAUCACAAUAAUGAGAUGAUGUGCAAAGCGCAAAAAUUGGGUUGCUACCCCCAAGGUCAAGGUCACACUUACAGGUCAAAUGUUAGAAAGUCUACAUUUCAUAUCUGUCCAUAACAUUUAAACCGCUGCAAUGUUAACUGAGCAGAAAUGAUCACCAUUAUGACACCAUUAGCAGAGCACAAUUAUGAAGUCACAAUUCUGAAGGUCAGGGUCACACUCAAAGGUCCAAUGUAAAAACAUCUAUUUUUCAUGUCCACUCUAUACUUUAUUGACAAUUUAAAGGUUUUAAAAUUACUUGGCACAUAUAUGAUCCCCACCAUGACACAAUCUGCAGAGCUCAAUAACCAGGUUGCUACCUCCAAGGUCAAGGUUUUAUGUUCUCCAUAACUUUUUGACUGGAAGAUUUUAAGUAACUUGGCACAAAUAAUCACCAUUGUGAGACUAUGUGCUCAUGAUAUGCAUGGCACAACAUCAAGGUCAUGGUUGGCAAAAGGUCAAGAAGUACAUGUUCACUGCGGAAGGGGAUUUAGCUGUCCUUCAGACUGCCUUGUUAAAUCUAUGAAUGACCUUCCUUUUAGUUGUAAAUAACUGUUAUGCACAACAUUCACGUGCAGAUUCACUACAUGCUUGUGCUAAUGUUUAAUACUAAAUAACAUGCAUGUGCGUAUUUGGAACAUACCUGUUCAAAUCAUUACAAGAGACAACCACCAUAUUUGUUUUUCCAAAUUGAUACAGAAUAAUAAAUUAAUUGUGUACAUUGACUUAAAGUAAACCAAUCUCGGCUUGAUAUUUCAUUUCAUAGUUUAGAAGAAGAAAUUUGGAAUAUCAGGUUUUUCUUAUUUGGUAAAAAAUUUUCUUUUUAGUUGGAAGUGUACUCUGUUUAAUGAUUAUACUUUUUUGUACCGGAACUAUACUUUCUCUGUUAUAUAAACAUUUUGUUAUGUUCUCCAAAUUGUAUUGAAAAAUGUUUGGGUGAAAAUAAAAGACAUGUUUUGUUC